AUGCUGUCGCUUAGCGUAGACCCGGACCAAUACCUUAAGCUUGCGCAGGAGGAAGAGUCCACUCGUGCAAUGGUCAAGGCGCGGAGGGAUGACCAGGGGGUGCCCGUGUACCACCACGCGCAUGCCGGUCGCUACGGCACGAAGCCGAUCCCCCAGUACUCGUUGCCGGAGGAGGGCCUGUCGGAGCGCGAGACGUACCAGCUGCUGAAGGAUGAGCUGCUGCUUGAUGGCAAGCCCAGCCUGAACCUGGCCUCAUUCGUGCACACGUGGAUGCCCGAGGAGGCGACGCAGCUGAUGAUGGACACGAUCGGUGUGAACCUGUGCGACCAGGACGAGUAUCCCGCGACGAUGUCCAUCCACGCACGCUGCGUGACGAUUCUGUCGAACCUGUGGAAGGCGCCCAAGUCGCAGAACCGCGAUGGCCGCAGCCUCGCGGCGCUGGGCACUGCGACCACCGGCUCUUCGGAGGCGAUCAUGCUCGGCCUCUUGGCCGCGAAGCGCCGCUGGCAGGCGAAGAUGAGGGCGCAGGGCAAGGAUAUCCACCACCCCGGCCCGAACCUGGUGUUUGGAGCGAACGUGCAGGUGGCUAUCGAGAAGUUCGCGCGCUACUGGGAGGUCGAGGAGCGCGCGGUGCCCGUGUCCGCCGAGAGUCACUACUGCCUGGACCCGAAGAAGGCCAUGGAGAUGGUCGACGAGAACACGAUUGCCGUGGUCGUGAUCCUCGGCUCGACGUACACCGGCCACUACGAGCCGGUGGAGGAGAUGGCCGAGCUGCUCGACCAGUACCAGGAGAAGACGGGCAUUGACGUCCCGAUCCACGUCGACGGCGCGUCGGGCGCGAUGGUCGCGCCGUUCGCGACGCCGGGGCUCAAGUGGUCGUUCGACAUCCCCCGCGUGGCGUCGAUCAACACGUCCGGCCACAAGUUCGGCAUGGUGUACCCCGGCAUCGGCUGGAUCAUCUUCCGCUCGAGCGAGCUCGUGCCGAAAGAGCUGGUGUUUGAGCUGCACUACCUCGGCUCGGUCGAGUACUCGUUCAGCCUCAACUUCUCGCGCCCGGCCGCCCCGAUGAUCGGCCAGAUGUUCAACUUCAUCAGCCUCGGCCACCAGGGCUUCGUCGCAACGAUGGAGGCCAACCUGAUGAACGCACGUCUCCUCUCGCGCGCGCUCGAGCUCAGCGGCCUGUUCGUCGUCGUCUCCGACAUCCACCGUCCCGCCAAGAAUCAGGUGGAAGUGACCACCGAGGCGUCCAAGUACAUGCCGGGCCUACCAGUCGUUGCGUUCCGCUGGACGGACGACGUGCACAAGGAGUUCCCCCACAUGGAGCAGCACAGCCUGCAGGUGCGUCUGCGCGCGAAGGGCUGGAUUGUGCCGAACUAUGAACUGCCCCCGUCUCUCGAGAAGAUGGAGAUUCUGCGCGUCGUCGUGCGCGACAGCAUGACCGAGAACAUGGUCGAUGUGCUUGUGCACGACCUGAUCGCCAUGACGCGCGAUCUCAUGGAGGAGCAGAAGCGCAUGCACCACUACGACGUCGCGGACGCCCUCGAGCUCGCGCGCGACAUGCGCCACAAGGCCAAGAUCUCGGGCCACCGCCACAACAGCCGCCACUCGCGCCCCGUGGGCCUUGGCGCGCCAGCCAGGGGCCACAAUAGCCAGUGCUAG